AUGUUCUGUUGUUCAGAUGUUCUUUUUCUCCUUCCCAACUUUUCUUCAUUUUCAUUCUCUACUCUUUCUUUCUCUAGCUUCACCUUUCCUUUCUCUUUAUUUCCACAUUAUCUUUCUAUCUAUGUUUUCUUAUUUUAUUUUCACACUUUUGCCUUCUUUCUAUAUUUCCAUUUUCUUUUUUCUUUCUUCAUUUUCAUUUUCCAUUCUUUCUUUUUCUUUAUUCUUUGUCUUCUGUCUAUGCUUUCACCUUCUUUUUUUUCUUUGUUUUUACUUUCUUUCUUUUUCUUAGUUUGUCUUCUUUUUAUGUUUUCUCUUUAUUUCUAUAUUUUUAUUCUAUUUUUUCUUUCUUUAUUUUUACUUUAUUUUAGUUUAUUUUCUUUCAUUAUUUUUAAAUUGCAAUCUUUCUACACAUUUACCUUUUUUUCUUUCUUUCUUUCGCCUAUAUUUUCACUUACUUUCUCAUACUGUUGUCUCCUUUUGAUUUUUACAUUUCAUUUUCCUUACCAUAUUUUUCUUUCCCUGUAUUUCUUUCUUUCAGUAUUUACACUUUUUCCUUUGUAUAUAUUCUCUUUGGGUUUUUUUUCUCAUGGGUGUUUCGUUUCUACUUUUUUCUUUUUUCCUUUUUACCUCCCUUUUUUAUAUUUUUACUCUUUUCUUUCUUUCAUUAUUUACACUUUUCUUUUUCUGUUCUUCCAUAUUUUCACUUCUGUUUACUUUUUCUUUCUUUCAUUCUUUCUUAUAGAAAGAAUAACAGAACACAUUUUAUUCGAAAUACUUGAAAAACUGUUUUAA